AUGGAGGGAGGAUCUCCAUGUCUGAGUAAAGGUCUGUUAGUUGAAAUCCUGGUGAGAUUGCCCGUACAAGCUUUGCUCCGUCUUAUGGCCGUAUGCAAAUCGUGGAAGUCCAUCGUAACCAGCCCCGAAUUCUGUUCCUUGCACCUCUCUAGAAACCGCCACACCUCCAAAAUCUUGCUCACCACACGAGACCGUCGACCGUUUAGCCCUGUUGAUGAGAUACCCAAGCAGUCGUACUUGCUGCUUAACGACGAUGAACAUCUCCCUGCCGACCCUUCCUGGUUGGCCCCUUUCGAUUUCCCCUUCAAAUGCCCAGACAUGAUCUCUCACCACAUACUGGGCUCCAUCAAUGGCUUGAUAUGCAUAUCCCUGAUCCCAUCCUAUUUUUGUGUUGCUGUGGAAGCCAACAUAACCAUUGUGCUAUGGAACCCUACCAUCCGCAGGUGCGUCUGCCUACCGGAACCCAACUUCAGCUACAUGCAUACCUUGUCCAUCCAGUUUGGAUACGACUCCACCACGGACGAUUACAAAAUCGUGGUCAUUAGGAGAGUAGGCGGCAGUACUACUACUACUACUACUCCUGCCCUAGAGUUCCACAUCUAUUCCUUGAACUCACAUGCGUGGCGCGGAGGUUUCAAAAUGUGCCCUCCCGCCUGGACAGGAGAAAGAGGAGACGGCCCACUUUUUCGUGGCACGGGCGCUUUGGCGGGAGGCAAGAUGCACUGGGUCGUCUCUGUUGACAUUAAUUGUAAUGAGGUGGAGUUUGAAGAGUUCGUGCUUCUUUCCAAGAUCAAGAGGCUUUACUCGUUCGAUGUGGAGGAGGAGGUUUUUGCAGAGAUGGCCUUACCGCAACCUUGUGAGUUUGGCGGAGAACCAGUGGUUACUGUAGUUAGGGAUUCGUUGCAUUUGGUACAUCCCACCAUUAUUGGCUCGCCAUUAACGACUUGGACAAUUUGGGUGAAGAUGGACGCUGGUGGAUCUUGUGAUAUGUACUGGAAGAAACUGUACAGUGUUAAUGUGAAUGCUGUGUUUGUGUGUUUUUUGAAGAAUGGGGAGUUGUUGAUGGACAAGUACCCUACUCACCCUGAUGACCAUGGUGUCUUUGCGGCAUAUGAUCCGAGGGCUAGGCAGUUUAAGGACUUGGAGCCCUUGUCCCUCUCUCAACAACGAGCCUAUGGCCGUUAUAGUGUCCGUUCUAGUAAUCACCAAGAGAGUCUCGUCCUUCUCGACCGCUAG